CAGCUCUGUAAUUUCCAUGCAUAUUAGCCAGUUCUCUCUCUCUAUUUUAUUUUAUUUUAUUUUUUUUAAGCGCCUGUCGUCGUGUCGCUGUCCUUGGAUCUGAUCUGUAUCCAUCAACUCGGGUUCGUCCAGCUCCGCUCGCGUCUCGGGAGCGAUGUGACGAUCCUCUGGCUAAUCACGGGCUCCACCCAGCCCGCUUUUUAAUCAUUUUCAGGCUUCCCGUUUGCACACGUUCAACCCCCAACGCAUUUUCUUGGUAAACAGGCUGCCAGCCAGGGCUCUCGGCUGCACCACUGCUGCUGAUGUUAUAGAUGACAGCUCUGCUCGGAGAGGAAAGGACGUUGGAUCAAUAGGAGCUUUCUCUGGCUCCCCCCCACUCCUAACAAAAACAAAUUCCAAGGUAGCGAGAAACGAGCAAGUAAGACGAGCAGAGCACCAGUCCACCCAGCCUUGACCUUCUGAAGCACCGCAAAUAUGCGAGUAUGCCGGAGGUUGCCGGUCCCCGCCUUAAUCCUGGGGCGACUGGUGAUCCUGGCGGUGCUGGCAAGAACGGUGCAGAGCCGCGCCACUCCGGUGCCCUUCAAAACUUUCUCCCCACCCGAGCUAGGCCUGACGCACAUGGCAAUCCACAACAAGACGGGCGAGGUGUAUGUGGGUGCGGUCAACUGGAUCUUCAAGCUGUCCAGCAACCUGACCAAGCUGCGCAGCCACAUGACGGGGCCCGUGGUGGACAACGAGAAGUGCUACCCACCACCCAGCGUGCAGUCUUGUCCUCACGAGCUGGCGCAGACCAACAACGUCAACAAGCUGCUGCUGGUGGACUACGCGCAGAACCGGCUCAUUGCCUGUGGAAGCACCUCGCAGGGUAUCUGCCAGUUCCUGCGCCUGGAUGACCUCUUCAAGCUAGGCGAGCCGCAUCACCGCAAGGAACACUACCUGUCCAGUGUCAGCGAGUCUGGCACCAUGUCAGGCGUCAUCAUUGAAAGCGCCGGUGGCUUCAACAACAAGCUGUUCAUCGGCACGCCGAUCGAUGGCAAGUCCGAGUAUUUCCCCACGCUCUCGAGCCGCAAGCUGAUGGCCAAUGAGGAAAACGCUGACAUGUUCAGCUUUGUCUACCAGGAUGAAUUUGUCUCCUCGCAGUUGAAGAUCCCCUCUGACACACUGUCCAAGUUCCCAGCUUUCGACAUCUACUACAUCUAUGGCUUCAGCAGUGAACAGUUUGUCUAUUACCUGACCCUGCAGCUGGACACCCAGCUCACCUCACCUGAUGCCAGCGGCGAGCAGUUCUUCACCUCCAAGAUCGUGCGGUUGUGUGUGGAUGACCCCAAGUUCUACUCCUAUGUGGAGUUCCCCAUCGGCUGCACCAAGGACGGCGUUGAGUACCGUCUCAUCCAGGACGCGUAUCUUGCCCGACCGGGCCGGCAGCUGGCCGCCUCCCUGGGCAUCUCAGCAGAAGAGGAAGUCCUCUUCACCAUCUUCUCCCAGGGCCAAAAGAACCGGGCCAAGCCGCCCAAAGAGUCGGCGCUCUGCCUCUUCACGCUACGCCGCAUCAAACAGAAGAUCAAAGAACGCAUCCAGUCUUGUUACAAGGGUGAUGGCAAGCUGUCCCUCCCGUGGCUGCUCAACAAGGAACUGGCGUGCAUCAAUUCGCCUUUGCAGAUCAAUGACAAUUUCUGCGGGCAGGAUUUUAACCAGCCGCUGGGCGGCACCAGCACCAUCGAAGGGACGCCCCUGUUGGUGGACAAGGAGGAUGGUAUGACCUCAGUGGCCGCCUAUGACUACAGGGGCAACACGGUGGUCUUCGCCGGCACCCGCAGCGGGAGGAUGAGGAAGAUCCUGGUGAACUCCGUGACUCACCCAGCUCUCCUCUAUGAGAACGUGCUGGUGAGCGAGGGUUUGCCCAUCCUGAGGGACCUUCUUUUCAGCCCUGACCAGCAGUACAUCUACACCCUCACUGACAAGCAGGUGAGCCGGGUGCCGGUGGAGAGCUGUGAACAGUACACCAGCUGCACGGAGUGCCUGGGCUCCAAGGACCCCCACUGUGGAUGGUGUGUCCUGCACAACAUUUGUUCACGCAAAGACCGCUGCGAGCGAGCGAGCGAACCCCAGCGCUUUGCCUCCAGCCUGCUUCAGUGUGUGGAGCUCAGCGUCUGGCCCAGCAACAUCUCUGUCACCAUGUCCGAGGUCCAGCUGGUGCUGCAUGCGCGCAAUGUGCCCGACCUGUCCGCGGGGGUCGACUGCUCUUUGGAAGACUUCAUUGAGAGUGAAGGCCGCAUCGAAGGAGACCGCAUCUACUGCCUUUCCCCCUCUGCCCGUGAUGUCAUCCCCAUCACGCGUGGCCAAGGACACAAACGUGUGGUGAAGCUGUACCUCAAGUCCAAGGAGACAGGGAAGAAGUUUGCCAGUGUGGAUUUUGUUUUCUACAACUGCAGUGUCCACCAGUCGUGCCUGUCAUGUGUCAAUGGAUCUUUCCCCUGCCAUUGGUGCAAGUACCGGCACAUGUGCACACAGAACGCCAAUGACUGCUCCUUCCAGGAGGGCCGCGUCAAUGUGUCCGAGGAUUGCCCCCAGAUCCUGCCCUCCACACAGAUCUACAUUCCGGUGGGGGUGACCAAACCUAUCACGCUUUCGGCCCGGAACCUACCACAGCCCCAGUCAGGCCAGCGCAACUACGAGUGCAUCUUCCACAUCCAGGGAGUGAUGCACAGUGUCACUGCCCUGCGCUUCAACAGCACCAGCAUACAGUGCCAGAAGACCACGUAUGACUACGAGGGCAACGAUAUAAGCGACCUGCCUGUGGACCUGUCAGUUGUGUGGAAUGGGAACUUUGUCAUCGACAACCCCUACAACAUCCAAGCUCAUCUGUACAAGUGCUUCGCCCAGCGGGACAGCUGUGGAAUGUGCCUGAAGGCUGACCCACGCUUCGAGUGUGGAUGGUGCGUUCAGGAGAAGAAGUGCUCCCUGCGACAGGAAUGUGCUCCUCUGGAGAGCAGCUGGAUGCAUGCCACAACCGGGAACACCCGCUGUGCCCAUCCAAAAAUCAACAAGCUGUUUCCAGAGACUGGCCCGAGGCAAGGUGGCACAAGGCUCACCAUCAUUGGGGAGAACCUCGGCUUGCAGUUCCGAGACAUCCAGAAUGGGGUCCGGCUCAGCAAGGUGCUCUGUCAGCCCAUCGAGGAGGAGUACAUCAGUGCCGAACAGAUUGUCUGUAAACUGGAUGAUGCCACAGGGCACCGUGUCCAGGAGGCGCAGGUGGAGGUAUGCGUACGCGACUGCCAACCCGACUACAGGGCCGUCUCUGCGAAGACGUUCAGCUUUGUGACACCCUUCUUCACCCGGGUCCAGCCUUCACAUGGCCCCCUGUCUGGAGGCACUCGAAUCACCAUAGAGGGAGAACAUCUCAAUGCCGGCAGUGCUGUGUCUGUCAAAAUUGACUUGAACCCCUGUCGCUUUGAGAGGAGAAGAUUCAAGGAGAUAGUGUGCGUGACCCCAGCUGGCCAAAGUCCGGGGGUUGCGCCAGUUAUGGUUGACAUCAACUCGGCUGAGCUGAGGAACCCAGAAGUCAAGUUCAAUUACACAGAGGACCCCACCAUUCUGAAGAUAGAUCCAGACUGGAGCAUUGCCAGUGGUGGAACCCCAUUGACCAUCAGCGGCACAAAUCUAGCCACGAUCAGAGAGCCCAAGAUCCAGGCCAAGUAUGGCUCUGCAAAAUCGGUCCAUAACUGUACUGUCUACAAUAACACGGUGAUGGUGUGCCUUGCCCCCUCGGUGGCCGACUCUGAGAUGAGCUUUUCAGACCUGGGCAGCGGGCCGGAUGAGAUUGGGUUUAUCAUGGACAACGUGCAGUCAGUGCUGGUGGUCAACGAGACGUUCAGCUACUACCCAGACCCUGUCUUUGAGCCCCUGAGCCCUACGGGCAUCCUGGAGUUGAAGCCCAGCUCUCCGCUUAUCCUCAAGGGCCGGAACCUGAUCCCGGCAGCGCCCGGGAACUCACGGCUGAACUACACAGUGCUCAUCGGGGAGACACCCUGCGUGUUAACACUGUCUGAGACCCAGCUGCUGUGCGAGUGGCCCAACCUUACUGGGCAGCACAAAGUGACGGUCCGGGUGGGCGGGUUCGAGUACUCCCCCGGCACCCUGCAGAUCUACUCGGACAGCCUGCUCACGCUGCCUGCCAUCAUCGGCAUUGGGGGCGGCGGAGGCCUGCUGCUGCUCGUUAUCAUCGCUGUGCUUAUCGCCUACAAGCGCAAGUCGCGCGAUGCUGACCGAACACUCAAGCGCCUGCAGCUGCAGAUGGACAACCUGGAAUCCCGGGUGGCGCUGGAGUGCAAGGAAGCAUUCGCAGAACUUCAGACUGAUAUCCAUGAGCUGACCCAGGAACUGGACGGCGCAGGCAUUCCCUUCUUGGACUACAGGACCUAUGCCAUGAGAGUGCUCUUCCCUGGCAUUGAGGACCACCCCGUGCUCAAGGAGAUGGAGGUGCCAGCCAAUGUGGAGAAGGCCCUCACCUUGUUUGGACAGCUCCUCAACAAGAAGCAUUUCCUUCUAACCUUCAUCCGUACCCUAGAAGGCCAGCGCUCCUUCUCCAUGCGUGACCGCGGCAACGUGGCUUCGCUCAUCAUGACUGCCCUGCAGGGCGAGAUGGAGUAUGCCACAGGGGUCCUCAAGCAGCUGCUCUCUGACCUCAUCGACAAGAACCUGGAGAGCAAGAAUCACCCCAAGCUGCUACUGCGCCGAACGGAGUCCGUUGCUGAGAAGAUGCUGACAAACUGGUUCACCUUCCUCCUGUACAAGUUUCUGAAGGAGUGCGCUGGGGAACCGCUGUUCAUGCUCUACUGCGCCAUGAAGCAGCAGAUGGAGAAAGGCCCCAUCGACGCCAUCACAGGCGAAGCCCGCUACUCCCUGAGUGAGGACAAGCUCAUCCGCCAGCAGAUCGACUACAAGACCCUGACGUUGCACUGCGUGAACCCAGAGAAUGAGAACGCCCCAGAAGUGAUAGUCAAGUGCCUCAAUUGCGACACCAUCACCCAGGUGAAGGAGAAGCUUCUGGAUGCUGUCUACAAAGGCAGUCCAUACUCCCAAAGGCCGAAAGCCGGAGACAUGGACCUCGAAUGGCGUCAGGGCAGAAUGGCGCGAAUCAUCCUCCAAGAUGAGGAUGUCACCACCAAGAUUGACAAUGACUGGAAGCGCCUGAACACGCUAGCUCAUUACCAGGUGACCGAUGGCUCAGUGAUCGCCCUGGUGCCCAAGCAGAACUCCGCCUACAACAUCUCCAACUCUUCCACGUUCACCAAAUCUCUGAGCAGAUAUGAGAGCAUGUUGCGGACAGCCAGCAGCCCCGACAGCCUGCGCUCACGUACACCCAUGAUCACCCCUGACCUGGAGAGCGGCACCAAGCUGUGGCACCUGGUCAAGAACCAUGAUCACUCGGACCAGCGUGAAGGCGACCGCGGCAGCAAGAUGGUGUCUGAGAUUUACCUGACUCGCUUGUUGGCCACCAAGGGAACGUUACAGAAGUUUGUGGAUGACCUGUUUGAGACCAUCUUCAGCACGGCCCACCGCGGUAGUGCCCUGCCACUCGCCAUCAAGUACAUGUUUGACUUUCUGGAUGAGCAGGCUGACAAGCACCAGAUCUCCGACCCUGACGUGCGUCACACCUGGAAGAGCAACUGCUUGCCCUUGCGCUUCUGGGUGAACGUGAUCAAAAACCCACAGUUCGUCUUUGACAUCCACAAGAACAGUAUCACGGACGCCUGCCUGUCGGUGGUGGCCCAGACUUUCAUGGACUCCUGCUCUACUUCGGAGCACAAGCUGGGCAAGGACUCACCCUCCAACAAGCUGCUCUAUGCCAAGGAUAUCCCCAACUAUAAGAACUGGGUAGAGAGGUAUUACUCAGACAUCUCGCGGAUGCCGGCGAUCAGCGACCAGGACAUGAGUGCCUACUUGGCAGAGCAGUCGCGGCUACACCUGAACCAGUUCAACAGCAUGAGUGCUCUGCAUGAGAUCUACUCUUACAUCGUCAAGUACAAGGAUGAGAUCCUGUCUGCACUGGAGAAGGAUGAACAGGCCAGGAGACAGAGACUGCGCAGCAAGUUGGAGCAGGUCAUCGACACUAUGGCCCUGGCCAGCUGAGAGCCGAGCCGCAGGCUCGAGGAACCCGACCGAUGGACUGCAAGGACAAAUGCAGUGUAUUCGAGAUUGCGCAGAGCUGGGUGCGAGCAGUCUGUCCUAGCUGCUGCACAAAUCACAUUGUUGAACACAUUCGGUUACUGUUGUUAUAAUUCAGUUUUUUGUUUCUGUACGUGAGUGUGUGUUAUAACCAUGUCCUACACAGAUAGGAUAAAUAAUCUUGGUUGACGAACCAAGGAGCAUCCAAACCAGUGUGCUUUCUGAAAGGAAAGGAUCCACUGGUGACGUGACCAUCUGCCGUGCGACAGAGCCUGAAUAGGGACUGACCGUGUCAAGUUCAACAAUUUCUUUUAAUUUUUUUUUUCAUUUUUAAGAAAAACUUUUUCUUUGCUUGUUUUUUUUUUUCAGUAGCUGUUUUUCGACUGCCCGCUCUCUGAGCUCCUGCCCUUGUGUUACUGCUGAAUUUGCACACUUUACAGGAGUUCAGACAAAAAGAUAGACACCUACAAAUACAUUUUUUAAAGAAACAAGCAAAAAUAAGGGUAUAGUUGUUUGCUUCAUUUUAAGUUAUAGGAACCGAUUCAAUUAAAAAUAGCUUUGAUAUUUCAGACAAAACUGAGCAAAGAAAAACAAAGAAAAAACUUGUCCUGUGCCAUGUUUUAUUUGAAUGUUGUUUAGUGAAAAAAAAGAAAAAUUCUGUUAGAUAAAAUGUGCUAUAAUUUAAAUAUUAACAUGCCUAGUGUCUGGAAAGAGUAAAUCAAUAAAAAAAAAAAAAAAAAAGGAAAU